AUGGAGUGUGUAGAAGCAUUUCUCGGCGAUUUCGCCGUCGACGACCUUCUUGACUUCUCUCACGCAGACGCUUUCGUACGUGAAGAAUCGUCUUCGUCACAAAGAGAAGAAGACGAACAAGAACAAGAACGUGAUAAAUCAAAGAGCUUUUCUGACCAAAACACAAGUCUUUUACCGCUUGAAGAUCUCUUAUCUUUUCCCAGCUCCAAGCUCGACGUUCCAGUUGGUGAUUUGGAGGACUUAGAGUGGUUAUCCAACUUCGUGGAGGAUUCUUUCUCAGAAUCGUAUAUUCCCACUGACUUUCCGGUAAAUCCAGUCGCGUCGGUGGAGGUUCAGAGACAAUGCGUUCUGGUUAAACCCAGAAGCAAACGCCGCCGCACCAAUGGCCGUGUCUGGUCGUUGGAUUCGCCGUCAUCUUCGUCAACCACCGCUUUCUCCGCCGCCGGCGGAAAUAAGAAGAGAGUGAGGCAGAAGGUGGAGGCGUCGUACGGCGGCGGAGUCCAGCAGCAACCGAGGCGGUGCUGCAGCCAUUGCGGGGUCCAGAAAACGCCUCAAUGGAGGAUGGGUCCGUUAGGUGCGAAGACGCUGUGUAAUGCUUGUGGGGUCCGGUUUAAGUCGGGUCGACUUUUACCCGAAUAUAGACCCGCUAAUAGCCCGACGUUCUCCACCGAGAUUCACUCUAAUUCCCACAGGAAAGUGUUGGAGAUGCGGCUUACGAAAACGGCGGAUCCGGGUCGGGUUUAA